AUGCCCGUCAUAAAACCCCUGACCGGUGACUCGAACGAGGCCCCGAGCCAAUAUAAACAAACUUCCAGAAAGGGCAAGAAGGCCUGGAGAAAAAAUGUUGAUGUGACCGAAGUGCAGAAGGGUCUCGAGGACCUAAACGAGGAAAUUAUUCAAGGUGGUGUUAUCCGCGAAAGAGACUCGGCAGACCUGUUCGCCAUUGAUAUCAAAGGCGACUCGCAAAUCUCGAAAAAAUUCCCCAAACAUGCCAAAAAGACUCUCAAGGCCGAUGAGAUUCUCAACAGGCGAUCUGCCGUGGCGGCGGUAGCCCCGCGCAAGCGAGCAAGCGAUAGAACGACGAAUGGACUGCUUCCCGUGAAGCGCCAGCGUAGCGACUGGGUCACGCACAAGGACCUCGCCAGACUGCAGCGAAUCGCCGACGGCCAGCACGACACCACAAUCCAGGUCAAUGACGCCACGUUUGACCUGUGGGAUGCCCCCCAGGAAGAGCCCGCCGAGGUCGCCCUCGACCAUACCAAACUCAACGUCAGGACGCCCAAGACCAUGAAGCACGCGCCCCUCUCCCUGGUCGCCAGCGGCAAGCCCGUGCCCGCCGUCCAGAAGCCGACGGGCGGCUACAGCUACAACCCCGUCUUUACCGACUACGAGGAGCGCCUGGCGCAAGAAGGCGAAAGGGCCGUCGAGGCGGAGAAGAAGCGCCUCGCCGCCGAGGAAGCCGCCCGGCUGAAGCAGGAGGGGGCCGCCAAGUCCGCCGCCGAGGCCGAGGCCGCCGAGGAGCGCGCCAAUAUGUCCGAGUGGGAGGAGGACUCAGAGUGGGAGGGCUUCCAGAGCGGCGUCGAGGACGAGGGCACUGCCGCCGCCGCCGCCAAGCGGCCGAAGCGCAAGACGCAGGCCCAGCGCAACCGCAUCCAGCGCCGCCGCGCCGAGGAGCAGCUCGCCAAGCACAAGGCCGCCCUCAAGGCGCGCCGCAUCCAGGAGGCGCGCAUCGCGGACCUUGCCACUGAGAUCGAGGAGACGGAGCAGAGCCGCGCCCUGGCCCUGCUCGCCGGCGAGGACAGCACGAGCGAGAGCGAGCUGCGCGGCGCCGAGAAGCUCCGCAGACGGCAGCUCGGCAAGUUCAAGCUGCCCGAGCGCGACCUCGAGCUCGUCCUGCCCGACGAGCUGCAGGACUCGCUGCGCCGCCUCCGGCCCGAGGGCAACCUCAUCAACGACCGCUACCGCAGCAUGGUCGUCCGCGGCCGCGUCGAGACCCGCAGGCACAUUCCCUUCCACCGCCAGGCCAGGACAAAGGCGACGGAGAAGUGGACGCACAAGGACUUUGUCUUGUAA